GCUAACUCUUCUUGAUUCAUCAUUUGUUAUUUGCUACACCCCUGGUUGCUGUUAUGUCUUCCUUAUCCAUUCCAUCUUGCCCCUCCUUUCCCUGUUUCUCCUCCUAUCUCAUCUCCCAAUUCAUUCUUCUCAUCUGUCUUUUGUAUGUUUCCCCUCUGUUUCCCCACUUAACCUACAAGUAGUUCUCCUCCAUCCUCCUCCCUCCUUCCAUUCCCCAUCUUCCUCCUCUUUCCUCCCUUCACUCAGUCCCAUCACUGACCCAAUUAAGCAUGGGGAGGGACACAGCAGGAGGAGACUGACGGAGGUAAGGCGAGAAAGAGAGGGAGAGGGAGGACAGGCAGAGAGUGGAGAGAGUUUGAGAAUCAGUAGCUGGAAAAGCAGAGAGAGUCAGAAAACAAUACCCGACAACCUGCCAGGACAUACACAGUGAAUUGUCCGAACUUCACCUGGAACUUAAACAACCUUUGACAGCCUCGGAGGUGGCGGGGGUGGAGCAGCAAGUCGACAGUCCUGCUGCCACGCACUUACCAAUCUCGAUGAAGAACCGAGGAGAAUAACAAUCUACCUUCAGUGAAAGCGGGUGGGGUGCCGUGCGGAGUUAGGAUGGCCGAAUGCCGGCAUAUAGAGGGAGACUGAGAGGAGGGACUGAAGACACAAAGACGGCGCAUUCCUGGUCGGUGCUGGGGGGGGGUAACGUGGCUGCCCUGGGGCAAGAGAGAGAUUUUUGUUGACAGAAACAGAGAGAGGAAGAGGAAGGGGGAAAGGAUGCAUCUGUUCUUCCAAGAAAAGUGGGAGGUGGAGGGGCUGCAGACUGUGGGCAUCCUCCUGGUGGUCUGCAGCUCCCUCAAACUGAUGCACUUUCUGGGGCUUAUCGACCUUUCUGAGGACAGCGUGGAAGAUGAUUUUGAGUUAUCCACUGUGUGCCAUCGCCCUGAGAGCAUGGACAAGCUGCAGGAGCAGACUAAGUUCACCAAGAAAGAGCUGCAAGUCCUCUACAGGGGCUUCAAAAAUGAGUGUCCGAGUGGUGUGGUGAAUGAGGAGAACUUUAAGAACAUUUACUCCCAGUUCUUUCCUCAGGGAGAUUCCAGUAUGUAUGCACAUUUCCUGUUUGAAGCCUUCGACACUAACAAGAACGGCUCGGUUAGUUUUGAGGACUUUGUAUUUGGCCUGUCUAUCAUACUGAGAGGAACCAUUAAUGAUCGGCUAAACUGGGCGUUCAACCUUUAUGACCUGAACAAGGACGGCUGCAUCACCAAAGAGGAGAUGUUAGACAUCAUGAAGUCCAUUUAUGACAUGAUGGGGAAGUACACAUACCCCACUAUGCAGGACGAUGCCCCCAGAGAACAUGUGGAGAGCUUCUUCCAGAAAAUGGACCGGAAUAAAGACGGGGUGGUCACCAUAGAGGAGUUCAUUGAGUCUUGCAAAAAGGAUGAGAACAUCAUGCAGUCCAUGCAGCUGUUUGACAAUGUCAUCUAAGAAAUCCCGACCAGUUAGGACGAUGGCACCAGGAAGGGGAGUGUGUGUGUAAGAGGAAUCAGGAUUAAAGAGUUUGUGAAUGUGUGCGUGUAUGUGGCCCUUUUCUGACUUACAAGCUUGUGCUUGUGUCUCUUUUGAGAGCUGUGAGUCCUGAGGGCGCUGAGAGGCCCUCUCCCCUCUUCCUGGGCCCCCCAGUGGCAUUUCUCCAAGCAACAAUGGAGUUUCCCCGACUCUUGUCCUCAUCAUGCAGAACCUUAGUUUUACCCUAGAGACACAGAGAAAGAAGGCAAGCGGCGGGCUCACAGGUACUUGCACACCCCAAAUCCCCCACCUGUUCUAUCUGAACUUUUAUUUAUUACUAUUACUGAUGAAGGAACUGUGCUGGCUGUAAAUGGCUGAACUCAGAGGGAAGCAGUUGUCCCCAAACCAUGACCUAAGAUCACUUUCCCCUCCUUUCCCUGUCAUGGCUGAGAUUUGGGUUUGUGAAUCUCAUUCUGCCUCUGUGCAUGAGGGUAACACCGUCCACCCCCCCACCCCUCGGAGCUACUAGACUGCUCGUGCCCUGGCCAUGAAAAUCAAAAUGAAUCUACCGCCAUCUAGUGGAUGAGAAAGACACUUCCUGAGGGAGCCACUUGCAAAUUGGAGAUCCAAGCGAUCCUGUUUUACCGAUGGAGGUUCAAACAUGUUGUUUUCCAAGACGAACUGAUUUCAAUAUCGCAUGAUGAUGUCACUAAUAUCCAAUUAUGUAUUUACAGAGAUACUCCAAAGUCUGCUUGUCUGUCUGAUGUUCCUAGUCAUUCACAGGUGCCUCACCCUUUGUGUAUGUGUGUGUGCAUGUGUAACAGGAAGAGAUGUCAUCCAUCUUACCUAUGUAAGACUCUAAUGGGACACCCACCUCCAUUCAUGGGAUUCUGGUAGAAUAAUCCCCGGCCUUCCAAACUAUUACAGUCCUAGCUAUAGGUGUCUAUUGACUGUUGUACAUUUUCUAGCAUUCCCAGUGGUGUGUAUUAGGCAGUACAACGUGGGGAUUGCACUAUAGUUGAUGAGAUGUUUUGACCAUCCCAGCUUCUCUCAACACAGGACUGGCAUACCACAGUCGUACUAGUCUUACAAUAUAUAUUCAAGGGGAAUUUAUUAGAUUGCAGAUUGUAUUUGUGAACUUCUUGUAAUCGGAAAUGUCAUGUGGUUGUAGCAGGUUCUACCACUUCAAAAAAAAUCUCAAAACCCUUGUUGCAUUAAAUUAGGCUCAUUCAAUUUAAAAGAGGCAUAGUAUGUGUGUGUGUACUGUUAGUGGGAGACAUGGAUUAUUAUUUUUUUGUUAUACUCGCCCUUCCAUUCCUUACUCUCCCUCUCUCUGUAACACCAAAGAGAAGAUAUAAAUUUAAGAGGUAUAUAAAGCCACUCUAAGUUAAGACAUAUAGCCCACCUGUGGGUGAAGAGAGAGGGAGAUGCUGUGUGGUAACUAGGGCAGGGAGCAAUCAGAGAUGAAAGGAUGUAGUCUGGUAAACUGGUAUUUUGGUUUACCUGCACACAGUCCAAACGGAAGCAUAAUUUUAAGUUGUGAACCCACAUUUUUGGCUCUUAAGAUAGAACUAUUUUUGAAGAAUUUGCAACCAUGUAUUAAUUUGCUCCUUUUCACACUAGAGCUGCUCUAAAGUCCAAUAUGGCAUAAAUACCAGAGGCACUGACUAAAUAGGCCGUGGCGUCUUUCAAAUGCAGAGAUUAACAUGGAAAAGCAAUAAUCUUCUCUACCACGUUAUCAGCACCUCUCCACUCAUCUAACCUCUCAUUCCUCUCAGAGCACAGUAUAAGGGUGCACUAUGGCCCUGAUAUAAAUAUGCACUUCUGAUCGUACAAUUCCUUUUUUUCUGUUCCUUAAUAACACCUUUUAUUUUAUAGGGAAAAAGGUGGUUUGGCUCUGAUUGUUCCUUGCCAACGGUUUUUAACUUCCAUUCCUGACCACGAGUAAAACCUGUCUAUACCCGCAUGUACUGUGUCUAGAACAAUGAAAAACCUACUAACCUGUUGUACUGACUGUCUAGUUAGCUAGCCUCAACUGGUUGCAUUACGUAUUUAAAAUGUGUAUAUUUUGUACAGAGACAAUAAAAAUCACAGUUACUAUGCAAAUGGACUGGAGUUUGAAUUUCAAAGACUGUACAGAAUUGUCUUUAUUAAAAUAAGACAGUGCUUUCAGCUUUACACAUCUAAAGCUAGAGUACAAAGUAUUAAGAUUCAUUUUUUUUUUUUUUUUAC